UAUUACUCCACUGAGCAGACUUCAAAAGCCAGCUGCUCUCUCGCGCUUGCUUCCUACAUGAGUUCCCUGUACGGCACAACAACAAUGUGCUGUGCAUGUGAGCCCAAGCUGCCUGCACUAAAGAUGAUCAAGGUCCCACAUCGGGGUCAGCCCACAGGGCCCCAGUACUUCACUUUCGACCCACUCCCAGAGGUCGAGAUGAGUUCAGUCUCCAAGAAGUUCUCAAGGACCACCAGGAUCAAGAAGAGAUCCCGGAGAGUUCUCUAUCCCCCAGUGGUGAAACGCUACUACCCCACAGAGGAGCGCAGCUUUGCCAAACGCCUCCUGGUUAUCCUUCUGGCCAUUGUCUUCUUCCAAAUCUACAGUGCUGAAGAGGAUCUCACAAUGGCGGUAGCCUCCUCGAGGGCUGAGGAGGGCCUCUUCACUCACUCAGGGGCAAAGGCAAGGGAAUCCCGCUGUGAACCCUUCCUCCUGGACCAGCCUGGCACCACCACGCACUCUCUGGAAAUGCAGGGGGCAGCCAAUGCCACCAGUCGGCCCUGGGGAAACCAGGAGACUUCCCCUUCUUCUACCAUCCUAGACAUCACCCAGUUCCUGCUACUGAGCCAGGCUGCUUUCUGAAGAGCCCUCUAAGCUAAGGAAGGACUUUGGCUGGGGGAGGGGAAGGGGCCCUUUCCUGUGCAGGGCUGGGGUGCCAAACAAGUUAACACCGCCAGGACUCUGUAGCCUUCUCACAAGCCAGCCAGGCUGAUGUCAAACUCAAAUCAACACUACAUCUGCAAUGGGGAGAGGUUGCACCCCUUUUUUGCUGUCGAAGAUCAGUCAUCUAGCGAGCAAAGGGAGGGGGAUUAAUUUAAUAUUUAUUAAUAUAAUAAUAAUAAUAAUAAUAUAAUAUUUUAUUUAAACUGACUGGUAUUUAAGAUUGCCUGAAACUGGGAGUUUGCUAAAGAAAUGCUGGCUUGCACUCUGGGCUGAAACUAGACACAAAAUAAUAUUUUGUAAUAUUCGCCUCCUUAGGACCGGCUAGAGUUAUAGUAAAAUUCCUUAGGAAUGAAUCAGAAUCUCUAAUCUGAACCAGUUUGCUGAUGUAAAAUCUAAAUUUAUAAUCUGCUAGGAAAUUAGAAUUGUGCUGAGAUGCUCUUAGUUAGUCUGACUUAAAUGAAAUUUGUGUGACGUAUAAAAAAGUAGAGAAUUAUCGACUUGCAAAGUGUUUUUUGUGAGUAUGGCAUUUCUUAGGUUAAUGGGGGUGGGAAUCUCAGAUGUUUGAGCUCCUUGACACUUUUAAAAAAGAAGAAUCUAAAGAACUGUUUUAAAUCUAGGACUGUCAUGCUCAACAUCUUCUGCUCUGGGUCUCAGCCAGCACCGCUCCUUUUAUAUGUUUGCUUACCAUGUAAGCAUGCUCUGUCUUAAGAGCAAAGGCCGUAUCCAAAGAAGCAUUUCUGAAAACAGACACAGUUAAUUUAUUUUUGUGAACUGCGACUUGCAUGACAACACACUGUUCCACAUGGACCAUCUGAACUCUGUAUGUUCUGUGAACAAAUGAAAUAAACCUUUUAAAAAGGA